CGCCAUGGCCGGCUGCUGCUGCCUGUCCGCGGAGGAGAAGGAGUCGCAGCGCAUCAGCGCCGAAAUCGAGCGGCAGCUUCGCCGGGACAAGAAGGACGCGCGCCGCGAGUUCAAGCUGCUGCUGUUGGGAACUGGUGAAAGUGGCAAAAGCACCUUUAUCAAGCAAAUGAGAAUCAUCCAUGGGUCUGGCUACAGCGAUGAAGACAGGAAGGGGUUCACGAAGUUAGUUUACCAAAACAUAUUCACCGCCAUGCAAUCCAUGAUCAGAGCCAUGGACACCCUGAGGAUACAGUACGUGUGUGAGCAGAAUAAGGAAAAUGCCCAGCUCAUCCGAGAAGUGGAAGUGGACAAGGUCUGUGCGCUCUCCAGGGACCAGGUGGAGGCCAUCAAGCAGCUGUGGCAGGACCCGGGAAUCCAGGAGUGUUACGACAGGAGGAGGGAGUAUCAGCUCUCGGACUCUGCCAGAUAUUACCUGACCGACAUUGACCGGAUCGCAAUGCCGUCCUUCGUGCCAACCCAGCAGGACGUGCUUCGUGUUCGCGUGCCCACAACCGGCAUCAUUGAGUAUCCGUUUGACUUGGAGAACAUCAUCUUUCGGAUGGUAGACGUGGGUGGCCAGCGAUCUGAGAGACGGAAAUGGAUUCAUUGCUUUGAGAGCGUCACCUCCAUUAUCUUUUUGGUUGCUCUGAGUGAAUACGACCAGGUCCUGGCCGAGUGUGACAACGAGAACCGCAUGGAAGAGAGCAAAGCCUUAUUUAAAACCAUUAUUACCUACCCCUGGUUUCUGAACUCAUCCGUGAUUUUGUUCUUAAAUAAGAAGGAUCUUUUGGAAGAGAAAAUCAUGUACUCUCAUCUAAUUAGCUACUUCCCAGAAUACACAGGACCAAAGCAGGAUGUCAAAGCUGCCAGAGACUUUAUCCUGAAGCUUUACCAAGAUCAGAAUCCUGACAAAGAGAAAGUCAUCUAUUCUCACUUCACGUGUGCUACAGACACGGAGAAUAUCCGCUUUGUGUUCGCUGCCGUGAAAGACACGAUUCUCCAGCUCAACCUGAGGGAGUUCAACCUGGUUUGAAAGCUGCUGUGCACUUCUCACCCAUUCCAGAAGACAGGAUUUGCAAGCUCCUCACAUAUUUGCAAGUGCUUGUGACGUCACCCACCCCUGGCAGCACGGAGCCCGUCAUGCAGGCCGCGGGGCCAGGUGUCGGACCUUACGAGAUAUCUGAGUGUGGCACCCUUUUUCAAAGUCUUGAUUCCCAAAUUGUUUUUAUAUUUCUUUGCUUGAGUUUUGGCUCUAAGAUUUUGUGUAAGUUUUGAAUUUGAUAUUUUAUAGAAUUUUUAAAAGCCACUGUGAUUUAUGUUUUUUUAAGUGUGUUUAAUAGGCAUUAACACAUCAUGUAACAGAGGCAUCUGUUAGUUUAUAGAUCAUACCUUGAGACCUCUAGGAUGAGUUUGGGUGAUAUUUUCAAAAAAGAAGAUUAAGGGGUUUGAAGCUUUUUAUUAAAUCUUGUAAUUUAGAGAUUUUAGAUUUUCUCUCUCCAUGCUGAAGUAUGCAUUUAACAUGCCAUCAAAGAUUUUUUUGGUUUUGUUUUUUUGUGUUAAAUAUUUUUAAGCCAAACUGAUGACUAUAUUAAUAUAUCUUAGUUUUCCCAUAAUUUGAUCACCAUGCAGCCAAAGUUCACAUAAGCGGGCUCGAGAUAGCAUACGUGCUGUAAUGGUAAAAAAUGUGUGUGUGUUUUAUGUGUGUAUAUAUAUACACGACCAAGUCUUGUCAACUUACGAAAUGGCUAAAAGCCUAAACUGUUUAACCAGCGUAAUGCAACCCCUGCCCAAGUUCUGAUGGCCACCACAGUUUUGCUGUUUGAACCGUGUAUGCUGUGCCUUUCUGAGGAGGCUAAGAAUAUACCAUUCUGCCAUUAGCAUUGAA